AUGGCGCGCUCCUCGCGUGGCGGCAGCAGUGGCGAGCGCAGCGGGCCGUGCUGGAUGUGCAGCUGCGGAGGUUGGAACUGGGACUGGCGAUCCUCUUGCCUCAGCUGUGGGCAUGCGGCGCCGCCCUGGGCUCUGGGUUCGGCCCCCGCCGUGGCGAAGCCCGAGGCUGACAAGGGCGGAUGGGUGGGCCAGCCGAGGGGGCGCAAAGCCCAGCGGCAGGCCCGCAACGCUGCCGCGCGAGCGGCAUCCGCCAAGUCGCAGACCUCGGCUUCUGCGGCCAGUGGGGCGCCAUGCGGCGGCGGAGUUACGGCGAUCGAGAGGCUGCAGGCGACGGCCGAGCAGCUGGAGGCGCUGCUGGCUGGGCCGCCCGAGGGCGUGGACGGCAGCUUCGCCGGCGUCGUGGCCAGCCAGCUGGAGGCGAAGCGGGCAGAGCUGGCCAGGGCCCAGCAGGCAGCAGCGGAGCAGAAGGCCGCCACCAUGCCGCGGUCGACGCUGCUGCACAAAGAGGCCAACGCCAUCAGCAAGGCGGAGAAGCGGCUCCGCGCAGCCCGCCAGGACUUGGAGCAGAAGCAGGUGGCGCGCGACCUCGCGGAGGCCCAGCUCCAGAAGGCCCAGGAGGAGCUCGCGGAGCUGGACGGCGCGCUGGAGGAGGCCAGCAGGGCGCUCCAGGUCCUCGAGGAAGCCGCCCGUGAGGAGGCGGAGGCGAGGCAGCGCCAGCGGGCCGCUGAGUGGGCAGGAGCCAGCCAGGUACCAGGGCUCCUCACGCAGCUGGACAAGCUGCCAGAAGCUUGGGCCUCCAGCAACUUCGAGGUCGCAUGGGCAGCCAUCCGCGCCCAGAUGGAGGCGGUGCGAGCGCAGCUCGCUGGGCCCCCCCUGGCCCCCACGCAAGCACCGCGGGCAGAGUCCUGCCCCAUGGGCGAGAUCAGCAGCGACGACGGCAACCUCGCAGGCGGCGGCAGCCCCUGGCAGCCCCAUGCCGCAGCGGAGCGCGGCCAAGCUGGGCGGUAUGGCAACGCGCUUGGCGAGUGGCCGCAGGUGGCACAGGCCUGCGAGCGGGGGCUGGCAGCCGAGGCUGCGGACCUGCUUGGCGACAGCGGCGCCGAGGUGGCCCGCCUAGGCAGCAAGCGGCCCAACGCCCUCGGGGAAGCGCCCGCCCCACCGGCGCCAGGGCGGGCAUCGGCGGCGGCGCGGGGCGCCAGUGUUCGGCAGGCGGAGAGCGCCCUGGCCGAUAUGGAGGCAGCCACAGCAGCGGCCCGUGAGAAGGACGAGGUCGGGGCCCUCGGGUUCGGCAUUAGCGAGUGGAGCGACCUCAUUGGCCAAGCAGGCGUACCUGGGCAUCCCGAGGCGACGGCAGUGACGGCAGACGUGCUGCAGUCAGCCGAGCUGCCGCCCAGGAUGUCUGCUCGGGGGCUGCGGGCUGCAGCAGCCAGGCGCGCAAGGGCCGCCACUGGGGAGCGCUGCGCCUCGCCCACCGACGCGGUGGUGGGGGCCCUGGAGCAGUUCGGCUGGUACCUCGAGUCGGAGCGGUACAUGGUCGCGGAUCUCUUUGACGAGUUCGAUCCCAUGUUCCUCGGGCCUCGGGCGCUGAGCAUUGAGGCUAGCUCGGAUGCUCGGCAGGCCUCCAACCGCUAUGAGAGGCGGGAGCUCUGUGCCUACAUCUCCGGCACGCACUGGACGGUGCGUAUUUGGAGGGUUCGCAGGCCAGUCGACGGCAAGUUCAACGGCAAGCUGUACCCCGAAGGCUCUGCCAAGGAUAGCGAAGGGCUCCCUCCUGCUGGCGAGCGGCGCCAGGUGCAGGCCGCUGCGGCCGCGGAGCCUCCUCUGGCUGGAGCGGCCCUCGGCGUCGGCCCUCCCGCCAAGCGGCCACGCCUGGAGGGCAGCCGCUCGACGGGGAGCAGCGCGACCGCCCUCUCGGCCACUGCCGUCGCCUUCAGCAUCCUGGGCCACGCGCUCAGCUACGCCUGCGCGGGCGAAGGCGAGGACACUCAGGAGAUCGUGGCCUGCUCCAAGUGCGGGGCCUGCAAGGUGAUGGGCAGCCACGCAGGAGCCAAGCCUCGCCCGAAGGAACGGUGCCCAGGCGACAUGACGAACAAGUCAGGCAGAAACCAGCGCAGUCUGUGGGGGCGAGGGCUCCACCCUGGAGGCAGGCCACAAGCGGACAAUCAGAGAGUGAAGGGAGAGGGCGUCCCCGCUUUGCGCUCGCAUGGGCCAGUGCCAGGACGCGCCCAGGAGCGCUACCUGGAGUGGCUCGGCAUUGAAGCGGAGUCUGCAGGUGGUGCCUCGGCCGCGGCCGGCGGCUCCGGCAGCGGGCCAGCUGCGCCCGCGGCGGUGCAGGCGGCGGAGGCUGCAGCUGCCAGCCUGCCCCUGCAGCGGCCAGCAUCGACGAGAGCUGGGCUCCUCGGCGUGCACGGGACCACCGAGGAGGAGUACACAGCCGCGGGCAGCGCGGCGAUCGACGGCCAGGUGAGCCGCAGGGUCCGCCGCCGUCUGGCACACCGCGGCCCGCAGUCUGAGAGUGAGUGA